AUGCAUGUCCGAACCCAACCUAGCUCAUCGUUUACUGUUAGUCCAGUACAUUUAAUUCCUAUACCUAAAACAAGUAUUAAAUCACGGUCAACUAACAGAAAAAAAGGCACAGCUGCUGUUUUAACAUCUAGUCCAUAUAAAACAGAACUAGAAGCUUCCAAAGCCGUAACCCCACCUAAAAAACGUUUAUUUAAUAAAAAAAAACCAACAUGGAAACGAAAAAAAAAUCAAAACAAGUCUAAAAUCCCUCCAAAUACUGUUUAUGAAGAUAGUGAUGCUGAAUGUCCAUAUUGUGGUGGAACAUUUUCUCAAUCAAAAUCUAAUGAAGGCUGGGUAAGAUUUUUAAAAUGCAUGAAAUGGUGUCACGACGGUUGUGCUGGAUGUGAAGAAGACAGUUUUAUUUGUGAUUUUUGUAAAACAUUAUCAAACGCUUAUUAA